GAUUCCUUUGUCAGUACUAUGAGGCAUGAAGCUCCUGACAUGGUUCACGAACGCCGUGAUGAAUAAACGCAUAACAGUGUCGCUCGCCGUGGCAAGGCGCGAGUAGAUGGGCCCAAGGUGGGUGCUUUACAUGCAGGCGUCCAGCGCCAAUCCGCACCAUCGAUCUGCAGAGUACAUUGGGGCUUGAGGUCCUUCGCGUAGACUUCCGCUCAAUCAAAGGUUGAAGCCUCCGACAGGCGACGCGCCAGAGAUCAUCGCAUAUGAUGUGGCUCAGCAGCUUCCUGGCGCUUGGCUUCCGCUGCCCAGCAAGCGAGCUAUGUCGCAUGUGCCGGUGACAUGGGCUUUAACUUGAGCAUGCGCAGUUUUCUUCUCGUCGGUUGUGAGGAUCCGCGGACGUUUCUCUUUAGAGUACCCACCGCCAUCCUUAACACUCCCAGGUACCGAACAAUCGCGCAGAGCCGUGGCUCGCGUGCCCGACAACCUCGAAGGGACGUUGAAGUACGGUACUCCACUCUAUGUACCUAUGAUAACUCUCUCCAUGCUGAUCCCAAUCGCAUCGCUUCACAUCCUCGAUGCGGGGUUCGCAUCCGACAUCUAACUAUUCCUGCUAGUCUUCGCGAUCGCUCCCCAGGUAGUACCGGUAGUAAAAGUUCAUCAGACGUGGCUUGGAUCGAUUUCCAUGACGGGAGCCUUCCUUGGUACCAGAUUCCUUCCGCAGCCGCGUCGAAUUCCCGCCGCCGCCGCCGCGUCGCAGUGAGGUUUAUUUCGCCAGGCGUCGCAGUGAGGUUUAUUUCGCCAGGCGUCGCAGUGAGGUUUAUUUCGCCAGGCGUCGCACCCGGAUGCCGUCUCCGCUUCCGCUCGUCUACCAUCCCCAUUCUCAGCGGCCGGCCGGAACCACCUUCUUCUCCAUCGCAUGCAUUCCUAACCAUGAAUUUCUGGUGGAAGCGCAGGAUCGAUUACAGACAAGAUUCCUCUGAGCUCUUCCACCCAGGGAUGGCGCAUGGAUGACGUACCGAAUCUCGGCCUGCCAGGCUUCCAGACUGUCUGGCGGCAGCAAGAAGAGGGAAAACUUGAAGUUAAUGACCGCGAGGAAAGCGUGGAAGAACAGGGCCAUGGGAGGGGCAAAUAAAGAGUGAUCCUCCCC